AUGUGGUCCUCCACGUGUGGUCAGACAGUGAUAAUAAAACUAAAUUUAAUUAUUACCGUAUUAUUGUUGUCAUCAUCAUUAUCAGGUGUUGUCCACUGUUAUCCCCGGCCAACCGAUUGCCGUACCCAAGUUGUAUCGGAUAACGGUGGCCAUACCUAUCUGGGAUGUCGGGACUCGGUUAAGACUACCAGCCUAUCGACUAGUAGUAGUAGUAGUAGUAGUAGUGGCCAUAAAAAUAUUUACUCAUUUAAGGGUAUACCCUAUGCACUGCCACCAGUAGGUCAGCUGCGGUUCCGAAAACCUGUACCAUUUCGCUAUACCCGACCCGUGACCAUCGAUGCCCGCCAGUAUCGCAAGCCAUGUAUACAGCCGUUUGUUGUUGACUACCCGUUCGGGUCAAUGUCCGAGGAUUGUCUGUAUUUGAACGUAUGGACACCCCGGUCCCGACCAUCAUCAUCGGCCAAUCUAUUGCCCGUAAUGAUCUGGCUAUACGGCGGUGCUUUUACAAUCGGUUCGGGCAGUCAAUUCGGUGCCAUGUAUAUGACCAGCGAUAACAUUUACGAAGGGACACAACUGGCGCUCAGGGAUGUAGUGGUCGUAACCCUGAACUAUCGUUUGGGUAUAUUCGGUUUUCUGUACGGCAAUCGUACCGAUUGUCCGGGCAAUCAAGGUUUCUGGGAUCAGUCGGUAGCCAUACGUUGGGUACGCGAUAACAUACGUACGUUUGGCGGCAAUCCCGACGAGAUUACAUUGUUUGGCGAAAGUGCUGGCAGUAUAUCCAUAAGCAAUCAUAUCGUAUCCAAUGUUACCCGUCAUCUGUUCAAACGGGCUAUCAUGCAGUCAGGAUCGGCAUAUAUCAAACUAUUUUCGCGCGAUACCGACUACUCCUAUCGGAUUGCCCGUCGAUUUGCAUCCAAUCGUCUACUGUUUCCGCUGAGCGGCAACUGUCCGCACGAUAGCUCCUGGAUUCAGUGUCUGCGCCGCAAACCGGCCAAAGAGCUACUGACGGCACAGGUACUAUCCAUACUGUUCAAUCCGUCUAAGCCGUGGUACACGGUAUGGAUACAACAGUUUACGCCCAUUUUCGGUGACCAAUACGUACCGAUAUCGGUCAACCGGGCCGUCAAGCAGGGUGACUUCAAAAAAGACGUCCACAUCCUCAUGGGUCAUGUGGAAAUGGAGGGCCUACUGUUUACCGCAGCUUUCGAUAUUGUCAAAGGUAUGUCCGGCCGAUACUUGCCGUUUGUUGGCCAACCCACGCGUAUAACCCGCGAUUUAGUCGCCAACGAUAUACGCCAGUAUUUCUUCGACAACGAUACCAUCGGUGUACGUAUUGCCGAUGAAUUUACCAAAACCUUUGACCCCGAUCCCGAUCGGUUGGACAGGGAUGGCAUCCGAAGUGCAGCCGUACAUGCAUUUGGCGACUAUUUCCUUACGUGUCCGACCAUAUUGUUUGGCGGACAUAUUGCCAAUAACCGGGAUUUCCGGGGCCGAGUCUAUCAGUAUAGGAUGACAUCGACGCACAGGUACUCUAUAUCGAGGAACAGCCUAUGGGCUAAUCAUACCCAUACCGAUGACAUAGCACUGGUAUUUGGCGCACCGUUCAAUGAUCAUCGCUACUGGACAGAUGAUGACCGCAGGUUUAGCCGACAUGUUAUGGAUAUUUGGAUAUAUUUUGCUAAAUACGGGUAUGUCCCCAAAAUCCGGGGAAAUGUAUGGCCACCGUACAGUACCAAUCGGGACGGUAUGGUUAACGCUACAUACCUAGAGCUGAAUCCCGAUAGCAAACGUAUGGGUACGGUUUGGGUAGACCAGUAUCGGCUCAACUAUGCCAAUAACCCCCCGAUAAUUGGUGAUUGUUUUUAUUUUUGGAAAGACAUAUUAGACGACCAGUUUUAAU